AUGAAAGGGGGGGUUGAGUGGGGGAUGAGGAGAAGAGGUGGGGGGGUGGCCGCAGCGUCCCCUCUUACUAACCCCCACAUCCCCACCCCCAACCAACCACCCGCCCUCAACCUCACCCCCCAUUUCAGUCGCCCCCUGGAACCGCACUCCCUCCACCCCUGUCUUCCUCCAUACCUCUCCCAACCCACGAUGGUCCCUGUACAGUCUUUCACAGGUGGGCUGCUGGGCACAGGUGGGGCUGCUGGUCACAGGUGGGGCUGCUGGUCACAGGUGGGGCUGCUGGUCACAGGUGGGGCUGCUGGUCACAGGUGGGGCUGCUGGUUACAGGUGGGGCUGCUGGUCACAGGUGGGGCUGCUGGUCACAGGUGGGGCUGCUGGUCACAGGUGGGGUUGCUGGUGCUGGUGCUGGCGGCUGGCGCUGGUGCUGGUUCCUGGUGCUGGCAGCUGGCACUGGGGCUGGUUCCUGAUGCUGGCGGCUGGUGCUGGGGCUGGUUCCUGGUGCUGGCGGCUGGCGCUGGUGCUGGUUCCUGGUGCUGGCGGCUGGCACUGGGGCUGGUUCCUGGUGCUGGCGGCCGGCGCUGGGGCUGGUUCCUGGUGCUGGCGACUGGCGCUGGGGCUGGUUCCUGGUGCUGGCGGCUGGCGCUGGGGCUGGUUCCUGGUGCUGGCGGCUGGCGCUGGGGCUGGUUCCUGGUGCUGGCGGCUGGCGCUGGGGCUGGUUCCUGGUGCUGGCGGCUGGCGCUGGGGCUGGUUCCUGGUGCUGGCGGCUGGCGCUGGUGCUGGUUCCUGGUGCUGGCGGCUGGCGCUGCGACCGCCGGUGCGACGGGCGAGGUGCAAGGUGGCGCUGGCUGCAGUCGAUGGCGCAAACGCGAUCGCGGGCCGCUGGCGACUUCGCUGGCGACUUCGCUGGCAGGUCGCUGGCGGCGGGUCCGCUGGCGUUCGCCAUAG